UUUAAUAGAUUGAAGAAAAGGAAUCUCCUUUGAACCAGUCUCUUCUCUUCUUUCUCCAUUGAAGAGGAGAAGAACCCUGUUCUCUCUCCCUCCCUCCAUGCGAGCAAAAGAUCUGAUUAUUUUUAAUUUUAAUUUCUGAUUUUUCUCAAGCCCCAAAACCCAGGGAUUUCCGGGAAGAAUCUGAUUGCCUGGCGUUUCCCUCUAUUCUCGUUUCUUUUCCUGGAACAAAAAAUGGUUUCUCGGAUUAUACUGUGUGAUGGGUUCGAAGUGGUUUCACCGCCGGAACUCAACGAGCUGUUACUGUUCGAGAACGACCAAUCCGGUUCGAACGCCGAUGAAUCGACGGUAACCACUGAAGACUACGACGCUGUGUUCUCCGGUGACAGUCCUCCGUCUGACGCGGCCGAGGAAUGGCCAUUGCCGAAGGUGAUCCGGUCGUUUUACGUUGUCAAACAACAUCCUUGCAAUAACCCUUUGAUCAGAGCUAAGCUCGAUGAGGCUGACAAGGAGAUUUAUCAGUGCAACGUUGCUCGCAUUCAGAUCUCCGAUGCCCUUAAAGCCAAAAGGGCUGAGAGAUCUGCUUUGUUAGCUCAGAUGGAGUGUUUAAAUUCCGAACUUGAUGGAUAUGAUGCAAUGUUUGACGAGAAAAAGAGAGAAAUGGAAUCUUUGCGAGAAGGUCUUGGGAAGCUCCGGGGCGAGAAGGAACUUGAUGAUCUCAUGAACAGCAUCAAUUACGGGAUUGAAUACGAGAACAACACUCCGACGGAGGAGAAGCAAAUUCUCAAGAAGAUCAAGCAGCCUGAGUGGGAAAUGCAAAUUCAGGAUCCUCAAGGGCAAAAUGGAGGCAUCAUAAAUCGUAUUAAGUCAAUGGCCAUGAAUAUGGAUGAAGUGAAGAAGGACCAACAAGCAGUUACAGCAAAGAUCAACCGCUUGAGUGAAAAACUGCAAAGGAUUAAGAUGGAGACCGAGUCAUUGGAUGCGGAGCUGGCAGGCGUACUUGACAAGAGGGACAAAGCCUUUGAAAGAAUCAAGAUGCUCAGAAGGCAGCGAGACCUCAGGAAUGCCACAUUUUUGCAGAGUCGGUUUAUCAUGAUGAGAGCCGGAGAAUUGGCUGCCGCCGGAAAUGUAAAAGGCCUUAAAGAGCUUGCCAAUGCUGAGGUUGAGAAGUUUAUGUCUCUCUGGAACACUGACAAGGCUUUUCGGGAUGAUUACAAGGAAAGAGUCUCAGCUUCACUUGAUGAAAGACAUCUGAACCAAGAUGGGCGGAUCAAGAAUCUCGAGCAGGACCUUCUGGUUGCCCUGGAAUCGCUGAGACCUCUUGAUAUCAGAACCGACGGCGUGGAAAAAGUUCAUGAAAAAUGGGGAACAGAAGAUUCAAGAUCUUGCUCUUCCCAGGUUGGCAAUAUAGCUACAGAGCAGACCAAGAAAGAGGAAAAAAUGGUGACCGAUUCUAACAAGUCUGGUUCAGAGGAGAGUGACUGCAUGGAUUUUGAUAUCCUGAGUUAUCAGAUGCCACAAAUGGAAGAAAAGAUGGAUGAAGAAACUUUGAAGGAGAAGAAACGGGAAGAGCAGCUGGAGAAAGCCCGGCAAGCGAUGGAAAGGAAGAGGAAGCUGCAAGAGAAAACUGCUGCUAAGGCCGCUAUAAGAGCUCAGAAGGAGGCCGAGAAGAAAAACAAGGAUCGCGAGAAGAAAGCAAAGAAGAAGGCGGCUGCAAAUUCUUGUCCUUUGCAACGAGGUGAGAUCCCUGAGUCAGUCACUGAGGCUUCUGAGCCGGAAAAGGUCGAGUCUUCAGCUUUAGUGAAGAAGCGGUCUCUGCUUCCGAAGCAGAGAAGUUUCAGGUACAGACACCGUGGAAGAGGAACCGAGGCACUUCCAAAAGCCAUUCUAAAGCGAAGAAAGGCUUACAAAUUCUGGGUUUGGACAGUUUCCUCAGUUGCAUUCUCCCUUGCACUCUUCAUCUUUGCCUUCUGUUAUGUUAGAUGAGAGGAAACAGGAGAGGGUUUUCUUUAGGGUUUUUUCGACUGAUCCAAUAAGCUGCACCUGCAGUCAAGUUAGCUUUAGUUUCAUCUGAUAAGUUCCUGAGUUAGCUUUAGUUCCAACUCAAGAGUUACAACAUAUAAUGUAAUGUACUGCUUCAGAGAUAUGAA